AUGGAGUCGAUUUUCAACGAAAUUGACAAAAGAGGUAGAAAAUCGAAUGAGUUCUGAACUGGGUGCUUUCAAAUGAACCACAGAAUAAUAUUUGAAAGUGAGGUGUGGGAAUUUCAAAAUAAAAAUCUCUUAAUUCCUAUCACUUUAGCGCUCACAGAAGAAAGUCUUUUAAAACAUCAACAAGGUAGAAAAAUGAAAUCAGCAAACAUCAAAUGGAAACUAAUCGAGGCAUUUGUUGAAGAAAAGGAGAAUGAUUGCAAAUACAUUUUUCGAGUCGGGCAAGGAUCCAUUUUUAAAGAAUUCUAUGUAGCUACAUCAGAAAUACUUGAUGAGUGGCUUUACCAUCUUUCAACUGUAGGAAUAAUGGCCGAAAUAGGUAAUGAUUAUAAUUUUAUUAAAGAAAUUGGAAAAGGCGGGAGUGCCAAAGUUUUCCUAGCAGAGGAUAAAGAAACCCAUAUGAAAUACGCUAUUAAAGCCUGCCCAAAAUCUCUAGCAAAUAGCAUUCAAAACGGCAAAUCUACACUUGCAAGCGAAAUCAAUAUGAUGAGAAACCUCAACCAUCCAAACAUUGUUAAGCUUCUAAAAGUUUAUGAAUCUGAAGAACAUGUCUUUCUUGUCCUCGAAUAUAUCAACGGCGGCACCUUAUUGGAUAGGCUAUCAAACUAUCACAAAUAUUCAGAAAAGAAUGCAGCAGAAAUUAUUUCAAGGCUGCUAAAAGCUGUUGACUAUUUACAUUCUUUAGAAAUAGUUCAUAGAGAUAUAAAACUUGAAAACAUUUUGAUGAUUUCAGAAAAUAAUGAUAUUGAGUUCAAGCUAGCCGAUUUCGGCUUGGCAUGUGAAGACGAUCAUGAACUUUCAAAAAGAUGCGGGUCUCCUGGGUAUACAGCCCCUGAAAUCUUUUCUGAAAAAACUUAUGAUAAAAAGGUUGAUAUUUUUAGUGUAGGAAUAGUCCUUUAUGGGCUAUUAACUGGAACUGCUGCGUUUCCAGGAAAAACUGCGGAAGAAAGAAUGAGGAAAAACAGAGAAGGGAAAGUCUAUUUUGAUGGAAAACCUUGAAAGAAUAUUUCAAAAUCCGGAAUAGAUAUGGUAUCAAAGCUUGUAUCAAUCAAUCCUUUUGAAAGACCAUCUGCACAGAGCGCGCUUGACCAUAUUUGGCUUAGGUAUAAUCUUAAAAGUUUUCGGAAAAUUAAAGCUCGGUCAAGAAGAAUCGGAAGAUAUUUGUUAGGAUUGCCCAAGGAGUCAGAAUCAUCAACCCAUCUUGAUAUCGAAGAAAUUGAUUUAAAGCCGAUUUCUUCGGAAGGGAUAAUGAUUACUGUUGAAGAUGCUUAG